GCCUUUCUCGUCGUCCGCCGGAGUAGUGGUGCGUCGGGAGUAGUCUAGUAGUGCUUUCAAGUCGGAUAAACAAAUCGCGGUCGCGCGUGUUAUUCCUACUCUUUUUGGUGAUAAAUCUUUCCCGACCCCCCUAAUUUGCAACUUCAGGUGCACUGCGAGUGGUCUCGUGAGUAGCAGAAACGCCAAAGUGCCCAUGGCGAUGGGAUUCAGCUGUUGAAUGCAUCUCGAGAUGAGUGAUGAUAUCAUGCUGGACCGACGGACGCCAUCGAGAGUUAGCUGAUUACGGUGCGGGUUUUUACGUCUACGCUGAUGUUAGCAUAACCGUUUCGGUCAGUGCAGGAACGACUAGUGCUGUCCUUCGCAACGUUGGUGAAGUCCUGACAAAACGAAACUAUCCACCAUCCAGCUGAGAAGAUUUUAAGUGCGCGACUGUGAGAACGAGUUUACGAUGCUCCGGUGAACAAUUUUCCAGUUCGGUUACUUAAUAUAGUGAUGUUUAUGAGCUUCGGGCAAACUUUCUAACACACUCGAGGUUUUUCGAAUAAUUACGCUGCGAACACUUUAAAUCCGUCGGUUGAUGUUUCAGAACUUAUUAAUCUGCAACAUGGAAAGUGAAAAUUUUGUUGUGCUUCGGUUCAUACGCCGGAAUAGUAAACUGUCAUGUAAGGAUUAUGCUAAUGUUACUGCUGUGGGGCUCACGAUAUUGUGCUGUCCACCACAUAAUCAAUACGGAAAGUGAUUAACGAAAUUUGUGUCAAAGUCCUUCGAAAAUUUGUGCCACAUUCAACGUCAAGCCAAUCGGAGCAAUAUGAGGAAAAGUGCAAACAGUUUGUCACCGAUCUCUCCGUUACCGAAUACACCCCCACCGCAACGGACUUCGCUCGGAGGGUCCACUUCCCCCGGCCUUUCGCCACCGAAUUCUGCACACCUGCCCAGUUCGGCUUCCCGGCCGACUCUCAGUAUCAACAACACCUCGAGCAAUCGCUGCAGUAGUCUGCUGUUUGCCGACGAAACGACCCCCGUCGCGUCACCAGUACCGAACAUCCUUUGUCCGCAGGAGAUCUACACCAUCUUUAGCCGGACGGACGGGACGGAAAGCGGAACCGCAGCCAAUGCAUCCACGUUCGAAUCAUCCCGUGUGUUGACCAACAAUCACCGGAAUUCGUUCUUCCUCGCCAACAAUGCCAGCGCAGGAGGAAAGUCACGCUCACGACGCUCCUCGGAGCUAUCGCAGAGCAACCGCGGCGAUCGGUCCACUUCUGCCUCGAUGAAGUCGCACAGCUCAGCAACCGGAAAGAAACGCAGCUCGACGCACAUCGAAAUGAAUGCCACUGUGGAAAGGCCCCGGUGUUUGAAAUCGUCGUUCCUGCGACGGAAGUGCAAGGAGUAUGCAGAUGACGACGAUGCCACGACUUCCGGUGUAACACUGGAUGACAGUGAUAAGCGGGUGAUAGUGUUGAAUCAAGCUCAACGACAAAAGUACUGCAACAAUCAUAUCUCGACAGCAAAGUAUAGCGCAAUAAGUUUUAUACCGUCGUUUUUGUUCGAACAGUUCCGCCGGUAUUCGAACUGUUUCUUUCUGUUCAUCGCCCUUCUUCAGCAGAUUCCGGAUGUCUCGCCAACUGGUCGCUACACAACCCUAGUACCUUUAAUAUUUAUUUUAUCUGUAAGUGCUAUCAAAGAAAUCGUUGAGGACAUUAAGCGGCACCGGGCCGACGAUGAGAUCAACCAUCGAGAAAUCGAAACCCUACAGAACGGCCAAUGGCGAUGGAUCAAGUGGAAAGAGUUGUCCGUCGGGGAUAUCGUCAAGGUGCAAAACAACACCUUCUUCCCUGCCGAUCUGGUGCAGCUGUCCUCGAGUGAACCACAGGGCAUAUCGUUCAUCGAGACGUCCAAUCUGGACGGUGAGACGAACCUCAAGAUUCGUCAGGGCAUUCCCGCAACAGCCAAAAUCCUCGAAACCAAAGAUUUUACCCAGUUUUCCGGCACGCUGGAAAGCGAACCACCAAAUAGGCAUUUGUACGAAUUCAACGGGGUGCUGAAAGAAACCGGAAAAGCUGCGGUUGCCCUCGGUCCCGAUCAGCUUUUGCUCCGGGGUGCUAUGCUGCGAAACACCUCCUGGAUAUUCGGCAUCGUUAUCUACACCGGUCACGACACAAAACUUAUGCGAAACUCUACCUCAGCGCCUCUCAAGCGCUCUACUGUUGACAGACUGACAAACACGCAAAUUUUAAUGCUUUUUUUCAUUCUCAUAUUCCUGUGCAUCUUCAGUUGCAUUUUUAAUCAAAUUUGGACAAAACGUCAUUACAAAACAGAUUGGUAUUUAGGCAUAAGCGAUUUGCUAAGUAAAAACUUCGCCUACAAUCUUCUAACGUUCAUAAUUUUGUACAAUAAUUUGAUUCCGAUAUCUCUUCAAGUUACUCUAGAGUUAGUUAGGUUUCUUCAGGCUAUCUUCAUCAACAUGGACAUCGAUAUGUACCACGAGGAAUCGGACACUCCGGCGAUGGCUAGAACCUCAAAUCUGAACGAAGAACUCGGUAUGGUUAAAUAUAUCUUCUCGGACAAAACCGGCACUCUGACGCGGAACGUGAUGGAGUUUAAAAAGUGCUCGGUCGCACGAACCAUCUACAACCCGGAGGAUAAUCCAGCCCAGUCUCAAUUGGUGCAGCACAUUCUGAACAAUCACCAUACCGCCGCCAUACUGCGGGAGUUUCUUACACUGAUGGCCAUUUGUCACACGGUGAUACCGGAAAAGUCUGACAGCGAUAACAUAAAUUACCACGCGGCCAGUCCGGACGAACGGGCUCUGGUCUACGGGGCGAAAAAAUUCGGUUACGUGUUCCACACACGCACGCCAAAUUACGUCGAGAUCGACGCGCUUGGCAUACAGGAGCGGUUCGAAAUCUUAAACGUACUCGAAUUCACCUCGACCCGUAAACGAAUGUCGGUUAUCGCGAGGAACUCCAAGGGUGAAAUUAAGCUAUACUGCAAGGGCGCCGAUACCGUGAUAUACGAACGGUUGUCAGUCAACGGCCAAGCCUAUCGAGAUUCCACUCUCCAGCAUCUGGAGGAAUUUGCCACCGAAGGACUGCGGACGCUGUGCUGUGCCGUCGCCGUUAUUCCCGACGAUGUGUACGACGACUGGAAGCAAACGUACCACAAGGCAUCGACUUCGCUGCAGUAUCGAGAACAAAAAGUCGACGAUGCUGCCAAUCUAAUCGAAACCAAUUUGAUGCUACUUGGAGCCACCGCAAUCGAAGACAAACUACAAGAUGGUGUACCUGAAACGAUUGCCUCGCUUAUCGAGGCCAAAAUCAACGUUUGGGUGCUUACCGGUGAUAAGCAGGAAACUGCUAUCAACAUAGGUUAUUCGUGCAGGCUACUGUCACACGGCAUGGACUUAAUUAUUCUAAACGAGGAUAGUUUGGAUAACACCCGAAAUUGCAUCCAUAGGCACAUUAUUGAACUAGGCGAUCAGCUGCGAAAAGACAACAACAUGGCACUGAUAGUAGAUGGCAAAACACUCAAGUAUGCACUCAGCUGUGAUUUGAGGACUGAUUUCCUAGAUUUAUGCAUUUCUUGCAAAGUGGUCAUCUGCUGUCGGGUAUCGCCAAUCCAAAAAGCAGACGUAGUGGAGCUGGUGACCACUAACACGAAAUCGGUAACACUUGCCAUCGGUGACGGAGCGAACGAUGUCGCCAUGAUUCAAAAAGCUCACGUCGGUGUAGGGAUUUCUGGUGUGGAAGGACUACAGGCAGCAUGCGCAUCUGAUUAUUCGAUAGCACAAUUCAGUUACCUACGGAAACUGCUGUUGGUACACGGGGCGUGGAACUACAGUCGUGUGUGUAAGCUGAUUCUGUAUAGCUUCUAUAAAAAUGUCUGCCUUUAUGUGAUAGAGCUGUGGUUCGCAAUAUAUUCUGGAUGGUCUGGCCAAAUAUUAUUCGAGCGUUGGACAAUCGGUUUAUACAAUGUGUUUUUCACUGCAUUACCCCCGUUUGCAAUGGGUCUUUUCGAUAAGGUAACAUCAGCGGAGCAAAUGUUAAAAGAACCAAGGCUCUACGAACCAUCCCAAAGUGCCCAACUAUUUAACGUUAAAGUAUUCUGGUACUGGAUCCUAAACGCUUUGGUCCAUUCGUUGCUUUUAUAUUGGCUGCCAAUGUUCUCCUACCAGGGCGACGUGAUCUGGGGUAACGGACGCGACGGUGGUUAUUUAGUGUUAGGAAAUAUAGUUUAUACGUAUGUGGUUGUUACGGUAUGUCUAAAAGCGGGGUUACUAACAAACUCCUGGACGUGGCUGACGCACUGUUCCAUCUGGGGCUCGAUCGUGCUCUGGUUUGUGUUUAUUUAUAUUUAUAGCAAUAUCUGGCCAACGUUACCGGUAGGAGCGGUAUUUACCGGAAUGGAUGACAUGAUUUUCUCGUCUCCCGCAUUUUGGUUAGGAUUAUUCCUGAUACCAAUAACAGCACUGUUACCCGACGUAGUAGUCAAAGUGAUAAAGAACCGGAACCAAGACAUCAGCGCACCUCAUCCCAUCAAGGAAUCGCGUUCUUCAUGGUUUCGCUUUCUCCCAGGAGGAAGGUGGAACUGUGACGCAAACCGACGUCAUCAGAGCCUACGACACCAAUCUGCCCAAACCGGAUGGGAACUGAGAGUACCGACCCGAUUUCUGCUACGAAAACUAUUUUUCCGUGUGCUGAAGCGGAAACGCAGACGGCAUCAGCAGCAGCACCCCGGUAACAAUAGUAACAACCGCCGGAAGCAGCACAUAAGCCUACUGUGAUUGCGGGCGAACGUGUGCUGCUGCACCAACUGGUAUUUGUUUCGCCAAAUCGUGAACCUUUCAAGCUUUUACUAAAAAAAUCUCAGCAGAAAAUUACGCGUAAGUAUGUUUGUGUAAUUGUGAGUGAUGUAAACUAAAAACACUAUUAUCAGUAUAUAAACGCAUAUGUAAGAAAAAAUAAAUGAUGAGCAGCUUAGGGAAGAGGGAAUAUAUUUAUAGUAGAGUAUUCAGAUUAUUUAUUUUUCGUCGUCGAAUGUGUAUAGUGAAUAUUUAUAGUCUUUAGGAUUAGUUGGUCGUAAAGCGAAAUGACUAUGUUUCGAGAAGCAGGGGAAAAUUAAAUUAUUAAUAUCAACACAAGAAAGUAUUAUUUUUUGUAUCAAAAAUGAAUCAAUUAUACAAAUUGUAAGAUUUUGUGCUGUUCAUUGAGGUGUUUUUGUUUUGUUUAUUUGUAUCUUUUAUCCCCAACCAAAAGAUUUUCUACUCUGAUCUAGUUUAGUUUUCUACUAAAACAAGUUAACAUUUGGAAUUUAAAAAAACGGAAAGCCAAACACUAGGAAAUCAUUAACAAAACCACAUUUUACCACAAACCUAAAAUUCCAAUAUCCUAACACUAAAAUAAUGAGUAAACAAUUUGGUAAUGCCUUGGCCGAAACUAACCUAUAUGUGAGAAAACCUUAUCUAGCGGAACACAAUGUUAUCACCAAUAACGAACUACACGAAAAAACCUUAACAAAACUGAAAAAACUGAAGUAAAUGUAAACAUAUUAGAUUAUAUGAAACAACACAAAACUAUUAUCAAAAACAUUAGAUAUCGUAAAAUGGAUUGUGACGUUCCCCAUGAAAACGUAACAGAAUGGGAGGCGGAAUCAGCGAACGUCGUUGAAUAAAUACAAAUACUUUCAAAUCUUUGGUUAUUGUUUGUUGAUAGAACAAUUCAGAUCUGUCAAAUAUAAUAAGUAUACUACCUAGAAAA